CAAAAUCUAUCUUAUAUUUAUUGUUUUCUAUCUCACUGCACAAUCAAAGUGGCGUCGCUUUCAAGAGAUAGCAAUAUUAACCACACCCAAGUAUGGGAGCUAAAGUUCACUAGGGAAGGACAAAGGUAUUUCGUCAAAAACUUGGAUUCCGUUGGAGCUGUUAAUAUAUGGAAAGAGGAACGAAGCAAUAUGGACGUUCUCGUGGAAGGCAACCGCUUGCCGUCUAUUGCCGGAAUAUUCCACGAGAGAGAGAUUCCGUAUACGGUAGCCGUCGCUGACGUCAAUGCCAUCAUCGAAUACCAACAAGCAUCUCUUGCCAAAGCCUUCUGCAAAAGUAGCUGCAUCAUGGAUUGGACGAAAUACCAUAGGUUGGAAACUAUCAACAAACUCCUAGAGGAUUUAGUGGUACUGUUUCCUGAUCGGUGUUCCAUACAUGGAAUUGGAUCUUCAGCCGAAGGAAGAGAAAUGAUUGUGCUGAGAAUAUCAAAUGGCAAGACCAGCAACGAUGGUGUGUGGAUUGAUGGAGCUAUCCACCCGCGGGAGUGGAUCAGCCCAGCGGUGGUCGCGUAUAUUGCCGAUUGUCUGGCUAGAACUUUCGAUAAGCAGCCGGAAUAUAUCACCAACAAGGACUGGUAUUUUCUCCCAAUAUUGAAUCCAGACGGCUACGAGUACACGCACACGUCAGACAGAAUGUGGCGCAAGAACCGCGCUCACUACGGGCAGUGCGUCGGUGUUGACCUUAAUAGAAAUUUCAGCUGCGGUUGGGGUGAAAAUGGUGAAGAAGGUUCAUCAAGUGACCCUGGUAACUGCUUCUACAGAGGACCUGAACCAUUCUCAGAACCUGAGACAAAAGCAGUUAGACGGGCUAUCAUGGAAGCUAACACAACUUUCAAGGUAUUUCUGUCAUUGCACAGCUAUGGAGAAGUUAUCAUAUUCCCGUGGGGCUAUACUGAAGAUCCCUGUUCUGACUAUGUCGAACUGUUGGAGGGUGGUACAGCAAUGGCUAAGGCUAUUAAUAAGACGAGCGGACGCAUAUAUAAAGUGGGCAGCACAAAAGAUCUUAUGUACUACGCUGCAGGCACGAGUAUAGACUGGAGUUACGGCGUCGCCAACAUCCCCUACUCUUACAUGGUGGAGUUAAGAGAUAAAAAGAACAGAUUCCUUUUGCCCGCGGAAGAGAUUCUAGAGACUUCGUUAGAAAUUUUUAACGGGGUAUUAAAUCUCAUGAAGUUCGUGGACAAACGUAACAAAGGCACACAGGCAGGAUCUAAAAGCAAAGCCGCGUUAGUCGUUACUUCUAGCCCAGUAUAAUGUAUAAGAAAUAUCUAUUCAUAUAAAAUGUGAGGUGUCGGUUUUCGAAAAUAACUGCGUUUUGAAGGAAUUUAAUUUUGUUACAAGUCUUAGGCCGCAAGUUCGGAAUGGAGCCGGGCGUUCAGGGUUUGCAGGGGUGUGUAGAACUGCUGUUACGAAUUUGUGGCCUUAGAGCCUAUGCUGACGGCGUAUUUUAUACGCGCCGUAAACGCGUGUACACGCACCGUAGACGCGCUGUGAACGCGCGUGUGUAUUUUGAUAAAAGAUAGAUUUUAGUUUUGUUUGUUAAAUUCAAUUAAUUUCUUAAAUGAAGCAACUACGUGAAAUUCUAAGUUUAAACUCCAGUGGAGUACAAAAUCUUCUUGCUUGCAACGCGAUGUUUGCGUGCGUUUGAAUCAAUUCACUACAGCGCGUCUGCGGCGCGUAUACGUAUACAAGUACGUACACAAGUGACGCGCGUAUACACACAGAUGACGCGCGUUUACGGUGCCGUAAUAAUACGGCGCGUAUAAAAUACGCUGUGUGCGUAGGCUCUUAGGGCGCCUUCAAAUUAGACGCUUGUAUAGUCUGUCUU